CGCUUUCAAUGACAUAGUAAUUCUUCAGUGGCAGACAGCCAUAAAAACGCGCCGUUUCAUAGUAAAACCCCGAUUGCACUGCUUAAUUCCUCGCAUUUAGUAGUUUCUUCUCACUUCUCCGCUCUACUCUUGCACCAGCAAACGCUGCAAAACCUGGGGGCAAGAUUUUAACCGGCUCGGAAAAGCCUACAGUCUCACUAUCAAUCACCUUGAUUCCAGCUUAAUGGGUAUUUCUCAACUCGAGGGCACGGCGCUUUCUGCGCUUUUCGUGUUUGGAUAUCCCGAUAUGCUUGUGGGUUUCUUGGCUUUGUUGGCUAUUGUUAAGAGUCAAAGAUAAUGGGGAGUCCCCAAUGCUUAAUUGGCACUAAAAAUGAACUCUAUUGCUCGAUAUGGUACAAGGAAUGUUUAUAAAUCUUGUUGUAUUAUCGUUUUAUCGAGAAAAUUAUGCGAUAGUAGUUUUGAUAGUGAUAAAAUUGAUAGUGAUUUUUAUUAUUCCGAGGAACCUUUGAAGAGAAUGUGGAAGGGUUCCAGUUUUGACUCUGUUUUUGAUGAAACUCACGAUAAUUGUGGGGGGUAUGCAAACGGCUUUGAGGGCUGUUUUUCGAAGAGGCCAGAAUUUUUUGAGAGUGGAAGGGAGGAUGCUAGGAGAAUUCUUGAGGUUUUACAACAAGAUGGGCCGGGAUUUGACGCAAAAACAGCUCUUAGUGAAAUGCAGAUGAGGGUCUCGGGGUUUCUUGUGAGAGAAGUUCUUAAGGGAAUUUUGAAGAACAUAAAUUAUGCAAAUAAGACCAGGUGUGCUAAACUAGGGUACAAGUUUUUCGUGUGGUCUGGUCAGCAAGAAACUUAUAGGCACACUGCAAACUCAUAUCAUUUGAUAAUGAAGAUAUGUGCAGAGUGUGAGGAAUACAAGACAAUGUGGAGACUAGUAGAUGAGAUGAUAGAGAAUGGUUUCCCUACAACAGCAAGGACAUUUAACAUUUUGAUAUGCACAUGUGGAGAGGCAGGCUUGGCUAGGAACGUUGUGGAGAGAUUCAUCAAGUCAAAAACAUUCAAUUAUCGGCCAUUUAAGCAUUCAUACAAUGCCAUUCUCCAUGCACUUCUUGCUGUUAACCAAUACAAACUAAUUGAGUGGGUGUACCACCAGAUGUUAGCCGAGGGUUUUGCCCCAGAUAUUCUAACUUAUAAUAUACUUAUGUAUUCAAAAUACAGAUUGGGGAAGUUAGAUCAAUUUCACAGAUUACUUGAUGAAAUGGGUAGAUGUGGAUUUUCCCCUGAUUUCCAUACAUAUAACAUCCUUCUGCAUGUUCUUGGCAAAGGGGAUAAACCACUUGCAGCACUUAAUCUAUUGAAUCACAUGAAAGAAGUGGGAUUAAACCCGGAUGUUCUUCAUUUCACAACAUUGAUAGAUGGCCUGAGUCGUGCUGGAAACUUGGAUGCUUGCAAGUACUUUUUCGACGAAAUGAUAAAGAAUGGAUGCAUGCCAGAUGUGGUUUGCUACACUGUAAUCAUUACAGGAUUUAUUGUGGCUGGGGAGCUUGAGAAAGCUCAAGAAAUGUUUGAUGGGAUGGUUGCCAAUGGACAACUUCCGAAUGUAUUUACCUACAAUUCAAUGAUUCGUGGUUAUUGUAUGGCAGGAAGGUUUGAGGAGGCUUGCUCCAUACUUAAGGAAAUGGAAGCUAGAGGAUGUAACCCAAAUUUUGUUGUGUACAGUACCCUAGUGAGUCAUUUGCAAAGUGCUGGAAGGCUUUCUGAAGCUCGUGCAAUAAUAAGAAACCUGGAGGAGAAGGGGCAAUAUGUUCAUCUGCUCUCAAAGAUCAAGAGAUUUAGGAGAUGCUAGAAAGUAGAUUGUACAAUAUAAAGAUUGUUUGUUGUAACUUAUUUGCCAGCAUAUUCAAUGGUUCAGCUAUGUCAGCGUCACUUGCCUGCUGCCUCUAAUAGAUAUCAAGGAAGUAGACAGGAUAAAGUAUGCGCAUUCUUCUUUCCCUUCACAUGUUUUAAUAUUCAAUUUGGUUGAAACAAUGAAACUCGAUAGAUAGCCAAAUUAA